AUGUUAGAACUCCAACCAUAUGACCUCACGGUAACGUACAGUAAAGUACCCAUUGGAGAUGCUUUGAGCAGAGCAACACUGAAAGAUGACGAGCCAGAUAUGAAACCAAUGGAUGUGAACAUGGUCGAUUAUAUUGCGGUGAGUAAAGAAAGGUACAUAGAAUUCCAAGGUAAGACAGCCCAAGAGCUCAAUUGCCUUCAACAGAUAAUCCAAAAAGGAUGGCCAGAUAACAAAUUGAACGCGCCACAUGCUGUUAGAGAAUAUUGGGCAGUUAGAGACGAAUUGACCAUAACAGAUGGAAUCAUCUACAGGGGAAUGCGAAUAGUCGUACCUCCAACAAUGCGCAAAGAGAUGUUGAGACAGCUGCAUGAAACUCAUCAGGGCAUAAACAAGACGAAGAGACGAGGCAGAGAAGUGAUGUACUGGGCAGGCAUGGCCAAACAAAUUGAAGACAUGGUAAGAGACUGCCCAGAGUGCAAUGAAAACCAAAAACUGCUGUCAAAUGAGCCAAUGAUAGGCACAAAGACACCAGAGCUACCAUGGAUGAAACUCGCAGCUGACAUAUUCCACUGGGAAGGUAGAGACUAUAUCCUUCUCAUUGACUACUUCUCCAAGUAUAUUGAGGUGGGCCAAUUGAACAACCUCACAAGCAAACAGCUAAUAGAGGUAUUUAAAGCACUGAUAUGCCAUCACGGAAUCCCACAAAUUCUCAGGGCAGACAAUGGUACACAACUUGUUUCCAGUGAAUUUGAAAAUUUUCUGAAAGGAUAUGGGAUCAAACUGGUAACCUCAUCACCCAGAUACCCAAGAUCAAAUGGAGAAGCUGAACGAGCAGUUCAGACUGUGAAGCAACUUUGGUGUAAUACCAAAGACAAACAACUUGCUCUACUGGAUUACAGAACAACUCCCUUGGAGAGUUGUGGACUCUCACCAUCACAGCUUCUGGACAGCAGACGCUACAGAACAAAACUACCAAUCGCCAAGGAGCUCUUGAAACCACAGAUACAAGAUCUGGAUAACGUCAGGGCAAAAUUGAACCAGAGUAAACAAACACAAGCCAAGUACUACAAUCAGAAAGCAGGAAGAGACCAUCGCACCCUGUAUCCAGGAGAAGAGAUCAGAAUGGCACCACUACCUAACUCAAAGAAAUGGAUGUCAGGUAAAGUUGUUAGUCUUCAUACUUCACCCAGGUCAUACAUUGUUGACUGUGGGGGGAGAAAGUACAGAAGGAACAGAAAGUUUCUGAGACCAGCCACAGAGGGAGCUAACAAGCAAGAUGUAAGUACUAGAGUAGAAAAUACAUGGUCCGAAGAAACACCGAAUCCUGGCAGUGGAGAAAAUAGCAUGGACAAAAAACCACAAGAAAAACCAUGCACAACCAACACCAACCCUCCAAGUCCAACACGACACACAAUCACCAAAGAACAUGCCAAAGAAAACACCAACAUGCCACACAAAAACACCAUCACAAACGCUGACAAACACACAACACAAAUACCAGCCCCUAGUCCCAAAAUGUCAAGGUUUGGAAGAGUAAUCAGAGCUCCAAAGAAAUUUGACAUUUGA